UACUUCUCCUCUGUCUCUCCCCAAAUUACAUUCGCCCAAUCUGUAUCAACGACUUCUCGCCCUUCGAGAUCAUCUCACUAAACCCACAGACACGUCCGUCAACAUGUCUUCAGAAGAGGCUGUGUAAGUCGCUGCCCCACCAUAAUCACACACCGUCAUUGCCCGCCCCGCUCCGACCUAAGCCAUCGUCAUCGGCAGCCGCCAAAUGAUGUGAGCCGUAUCGAGGAAAAGACUUCCAAGAUGGUGUUGUUCUCAAUCAUAACACUCGUCACAAUUCACAGCCACCGGUGGUAGAAAUGUAUGGAUAAGAGAGGCUAACAUGAUCGCUUCAUUUCCAUCAACAGUGGAGACUUCGGUCUCAUUGGCCUCGCGGUCAUGGGUCAGAACCUGAUCCUCAACGCCGCUGACCACGGAUUCACUGUUGUCGCCUUCAACCGUACCGUGGCCAAGGUCGACCACUUUCUCGAGAACGAGGCCAAGGGCAAGAGCAUCGUUGGCGCCAAGAGCAUCAAGGAGUUCGUCUCCAAGCUCAAGAAGCCUCGCCGGAUGAUGUUGCUCGUCAUGGCAGGCAAGCCUGUCGACGACUUCAUCGAGCUCCUCCUGACUGAGGGUGGCGUCGAGAAGGGCGACAUCAUCAUCGACGGAGGCAACUCACACUACCCGGACUCCAACCGCCGCACCAAGUACCUCGCCGAGAAGGGUAUUCGUUUCGUCGGCAGCGGUGUCUCUGGUGGUGAAGAGGGUGCCCGCUACGGACCCAGCAUCAUGCCCGGUGGUAACGAGGAGGCCUGGCCAUACAUCAAAGACGUCCUGCAGAGCAUCUCGGCCAAAUCCGAUGGCGAGCCAUGCUGCCAGUGGGUCGGUGACGAGGGUGCUGGACACUACGUCAAAAUGGUUCACAACGGCAUCGAGUACGGUGACAUGCAGCUGAUCUGUGAGGCGUACGACAUCAUGAAGCGCGGUCUCGGUUUGAGCGGAAAAGAGAUGGGUGACGUUUUCGCCCAGUGGAACAAGGGCGUCCUCGACUCAUUCCUCAUCGAGAUCACUCGUGACAUUCUGUACUUCAACGACGACGAUGGAACUCCCCUUGUUGAGAAGAUUUUGGAUUCUGCCGGACAGAAGGGUACUGGCAAGUGGACCGCCAUCAACGCGCUCGACUUGGGUCAGCCCGUGACUCUUAUCGGCGAGGCUGUGUUCGCACGAUGCUUGUCCGCCCUGAAGAGCGAGCGCACUCGUGCUGCUGGUCUGCUCGAGGGACCCAAGCCCAACUUCACUGGCAACAAGCAAGAGUUUUUGGACAACCUCGAACAGGCUCUUUACGCCUCCAAGAUUAUCUCAUACGCACAGGGCUUCAUGCUCAUGCAAUCCGCCGCUAAGGAGUACGGCUGGACUCUUCACAAGCCCGAGAUCGCUCUCAUGUGGCGCGGUGGUUGCAUCAUUCGCUCCGUCUUCCUCAAGGACAUUACCAAGGCCUACCGCUCCAACCCCGACCUCGAAAACUUGCUCUUCGACGACUUCUUCAACAAGGCCAUCCACAAGGCGCAGCCCGGCUGGCGUGACAUCGUCUCCAAGGGUGCUCUCUGGGGUAUCCCCACUCCCGCUUUCUCCACUGCCCUGUCCUUCUUCGACGGCUACCGCACCAAAGAUCUCCCCGCCAACUUGCUCCAGGCUCAGCGUGACUACUUCGGUGCGCACACCUUCCGCAUCAAGCCCGAGUUCGCCAACGAGAAGUAUUCCGAGGCCGGCAACCACCACGUCAACUGGACCGGCCGCGGCGGUAACGUCUCGGCGUCGACAUACACUGCAUAAGCGGUUGGUCGCAGUCAUCUGACCAAAGAGGACGCUUUGUAGUGUGGGAAAAAGAUGAACGAUGAUAGGCGUCUCUGGAUGUAAUGAAGACAUGAAAUAUGGAGGGCGAGGGAGAGGGAGUUGAUGAAAGCCCUCUCGUUGUCAUUUGUCAUGGAAUGGAAAACGGAUACCGUAUAGAAUAUUAGCCUUUCUUUUUGAACUCCUCCCCUUGAUUGUCAUGCUGUGGAUGCUCUCGUGACCUGCGAAUAUCCCUCAGCUCAACAUAGUGACCACUUUGGUCCGGCUGUUCAAUCACCGCGAUCAAAGGAUCGGCAGGACCCC